GUGUUGUCAGUGAGACAAAAGGAGAGCGAGUGCGGCAGAGAGAGAGAAUCAGAGAGAACAGGGCCGGACUGAAGCUCUCCAAAAUACAUCACUGUCCUCUCUAAUGUCCAAAAGCAUCAUCUAAACCUCCUCAUCUCCAGCGCUGGGUCAGAUCGGUCAAUGUUCUGCUGGAAUACGGCGAUAAGAUUCACACCAAGCAUCAAGGAUGUCCCAGUACACAGACGAGCCGCGCUUCACCAUCGAGCAGAUCGACCUGCUGCAGCGGCUCCGGCGGAGCGGCAUGACCAAGCCUGAGAUCAUCCACGCCCUGGACACGCUGGACCGCCUCGACCGGGAGCACGGCGACAAGUUCGGUCGGCGCGGCUCGGCCUCCUCGUCCUGCGGCCCCGCCCCCUCCGUGUCGGACCCCGCCCCCUCCCACGGCGCCGCCGCAGAACCCUCCGUCUCCCACCUGGUGGUCUCCACCGCCACCACCUCCACACAGACGCAAUUCCUCUCGCCGUCGCCCAGCAACAGCUACGCCACCUCGCCUCCCGUCACGCUGGUCACCGUGGGACAGAACGGCACCGCCAACGGGAAGCUGUCUCCGCCGCCCCGCUUCGCUGCGCUCGGCCAGGCGGCGGCGGCGGUCAGGCCGUACGGGUUUGACGGGACGGAGGAGGAGCUGGACGUCGACGACAAGGUGGAGGAGCUCAUGAGGAGGGACAGCAGUAUGGUAAAGGAGGAGAUCAAGGCAUUCCUGGCUAACCGGCGUAUCUCUCAGGCAGUGGUGGCUCAGGUCACAGGGAUCAGUCAGAGUCGCAUCUCUCACUGGCUCCUACAGCAGGGAUCGGACCUGAGCGAGCAGAAGAAGAGAGCUUUCUACCGCUGGUACCAGCUGGAGAAGACCACGCCAGGCGCGACCCUGAACAUGCGGCCCGCCCCCCUCAACCUGGACGAGAUGGAGUGGCGCCAGACCCCGCCGCCCAUCAGCACGGCCACCGGGAGCUUCCGCCUGCGCAGGGGCAGCCGCUUCACCUGGAGGAAGGAGUGCCUCGCCGUGAUGGAGAGCUACUUCAAUGAUAAUCAGUAUCCUGAUGAGGGUAAAAGAGAGGAGAUCGCCAACGCGUGCAACGCCGUCAUACAGAAACCAGGGAAGAAACUGUCUGAUUUCGAGCGAGUCACAUCGUUGAAGGUCUACAACUGGUUCGCUAAUCGCCGCAAGGAGAUCAAGAGGAGGGCCAAUAUCGGGUCUUUUUUCCAAGAAGCCACAAUCCUGGAGAGUCACGGCAUCGAUGUGCAGAGUCCCGGCGGCCACUCCAACAGCGACGACAUCGACACCAGUGACUACACCGAGCAGAGCUGUGAUUUGCCCUACUUUGAGAAGAGAGGCGUGACCAGGCCGUUCGGCUUCUACAGGCUUGAACCUACAUCGCCAACCCAGGAUGACAGCACCAACCACGCAGACCACCAGGACCCCAUCUCCCUCGCCGUGGAGAUGGCAGCCGUCAAUCACAGCAUCCUGGCUCUGUCCCGCCCAGGAGCCGUGGCCAGCGACAUCAAAACAGAGGUGCUGGACGACGACUAAGGGGGCGUCCGUGUGCGCGUGCGUGUGAGUGAGUGAGUGUGUGUGUGUAUGUGUGUGUGUGUGUGUGUGUGUGUGUGUGUAUGCGCGCUGCUUCGUUUCUAUAGCAGAGGACGUCUAGCGGCUACGUUCCUCCGCUCCUCCCGGUACACUGUAUCUUCUAAAGGCCAUGUAGUCCAGGCUCCUCAGCCUGGCAUCCCGUUUUCAAUAAACACACCAAGGUC